CCCGGCCCCGCCCCGCCCCGGCCCCGCCCCCGCCGCGGCCCCGCCCCCGCCGCUCCCAGCCUGCCCCGCGCGGGGCCAUGGCGCUGCUCUCCGAUCUCUACCAGCUCUCCAUGGCCUACGGGCACUGGCGGGCCGGCCGCCACCGCCUCCCCGCCGCCGCCGAGCUCUUCUUCCGCCGCGGGCCCUUCCGCGGGGCCUUCGCGCUGGGCGCCGGCCUGGCCGAGGGGCUGCGCUGCCUCCGCGCCUUCCGCUUCUCCGCCGCCGACGUCGCCUACCUGCGCUCCGUCCUGCCCAGCACCACGGAAGACGCCUUCUUCGAUUACUUGGCCACCUUGGACGCUUCGGAAAUCACCGUCUGCGCCGCGCCCGAGGGCUCCGUCGUCUUCGCCAGGGUCCCGUUCCUGCAGGUGAAGGGGCCGCUGCUGGUGGUGCAGCUGCUGGAAACGGCCUUGCUGUGCCUGGUUAACUACGCCAGCCUGGUGGCCACCAACGCCGCCCGCUUCCGAUUCCUUGCCGGCCCGGAGGUGAAGCUGAUGGAAAUCGGGCUGCGGCGCGCUCAGGGGCCGGACGGUGCCCUUUCAGCCUCCAAGUACUCCUACAUCGGGGGCUUCGAUUGCACCAGCAACGUCCUGGCGGGGAAGCUCUACGGCAUCCCGGUGCGCGGCACCGUCGCCCACUCCUUCAUCAUGGCCUUCACCGCGCUGGAGGAGGUGCAGCCCCGGGAGCUGGUGCCGCUGGCAGGAGGAGAGCCAGUGGAUCUCCCAACCCUGGCCGAGUCGUGGCUGCAGCGGGUGUGUGAGCUGCUGCAGACCCCCCCGGAGAAAGCGAACCGGGGCGAGCUGGCCGCCUUCGUGGCUUACGCCAUCACCUUCCCCCACGACUUCCAGGGGCUGCUGGACACGUACUGCGUCAGGAGGAGCGGCUUGCCCAACUUCUGUGCCGUGGCGUUGGCCCUGCACCAGUUGGGGUACCGGGCCAUCGGGGUACGCCUGGACAGCGGGGACCUGGUCCAACAAUCCAAAGAAACCCGUCGAGUCCUCCGAGCCUGCGGCGCUCACUUCCAGGUGCCCUGGUUUGAGACCAUCCCCAUCGCCGUCAGCAACGACAUCAGCGAACGGAGCCUGGAGGAGUUCAGCCGGGAGGGGAGCGAGAUCGACGUGAUUGGCGUGGGGACCAACCUGGUGACGUGUCCCCUGCAGCCGUCGCUGGGCUGCGUUUACAAGCUGGUGGAGGUCAAUGGCUCCCCGUGCCUGAAGCUCACAGAAGACGAGGAGAAGAUGACAAUCCCAGGGUCUAAGACGAUCUAUCGGCUCUAUGACGCUGCUGGUCACCCCUUCAUGGACCUCAUGGCCCUGGAGGAGGAACCCUCGCCCAGCGCUGGGCAGGAGCUGGCGAUCCGCGUCCUGGGGCGGCUUGCUGAGACCACUAAGGUCGUGCCCGCCGCCGUGGAGCCCCUUCACCGCACGUACUUCAGAGAUGGCCAGGUGUGCGAGCCGCUGCCCAGCCUGCCCGAGGUGAGGACCCACGCCCAAGUGUCCCUCAACCGGCUCAACCCCGCUCACCGCCGGCUCCACGAGCCACAAGCCUACCCGGUGGCCGUGACGGAGAGGCUGCACUGCCUCCUCACCGAGCUGCAACAAGCCAGCCAGUGAGGGGGGGGGGAGGCCGCCCCUCACCGCCCCCCCGGCCCCCUGCUCCUCCACGCUCUUUUGAAGACCAAGUGGCUAAUUGGGAAUCAACUGGUUCUAACCCUGCUGCUCCAAGGACUUGGCAGAAACCAGGAGAGCUCCCUGGGGUCCCAGCGGCAAAGCUGGGCGCACCGGGACAGGGCGGGCGGAGCUGGGAGGCAGCUCCCCCCCGUCCACCCCCCUCCCCAUGUUCUCUGGAAGCCCCCGUCCUUCCCUGCCCGCCUCGGUGGCCCUGCCAGCCCUGCCCUUUCUGUGGUGGCAGCCCACGCUUGAAGCUCCUCGGUGGCACUAGAGACCAAGUCUUGAGUGCAGGAGAAGGGGUCCUAGCAGGGGAAGGACCAACUUGUCCCCCCCCCAACCCAUGUCUGGUGGGACACGGGUGGCAGAUGCACUUUGCCCUUCCUCGUUCAGGCUCUGUGGCUGCAUUUCACCUCUCUCCCUUUUAUUCACAUUCCCUGGGGCGUGGAGACCAGCUCCAGGUUGACACCUGAACUCUCUUAACCCAAUGCUCAUAGAGGAAGCGUGGCACUAAUCCCUGCAAUUAGCUUCAUUCUAAGCAAAAAAAGAAAAAAAAAAAAAAAAACAAAACAAAAAAACACAAAAACAGAAAUAAAAGCCUUUACCCACUGUGGCCACACUGCGUGGCUGCCCUGGUCCUUCAAAACA